CAAAACCAGGAAGAGUGCGGUUGCUGUGCUGUCAGUGUCACUGCUGUUAGUUUUACGAUUAUAGGAAGUUUGUAGGUCUGGGUUCUCGAGAAAUAACCGCUUUUUCACAGUAAUUAUUUUUCUGCCUGAAAUGGAGUGAAUUACUCUUUUUAUAACCACAACACCGCAGAGCUUCUGUCUGUACUUCUAUGUCUCACGCUGAUCUGUUUCACCCGUAGACACGCAUUGAUCCUCCCAUAUACCUAUAAUUAUUUUUGUGUUUGGAAUUACUUUUAAAAGAGUCAGUAAGAUGCUCUGUUUGCUGAUACUGAAUUUGUAAACAACGAUACAAUACACAUACUUUUUGAUUAAUUUACUUGUGACUGUUUUCCUUGCUCUUAUGUACAAAUACACUGCUUUGCCGAUAGGGAUAGAUGAACCUACACCAUAUCAGAGCUCAAAAUCAGUUCCCUCCGAUACUUGGCUACUAUGGGGGUGCCACAUUGCUGUCACUUGCCUUUCUGCCACCUUCCUCCUCAUCACAUUUCCCCUCUCUGCUUGGUGUUUCAUAAAGAAUAUCCCUGCUUAUCAGAGGGUUGUCCUAUUUCGGCUGGGCAGGGUGCGCCCCACUAAAGGUCCUGGACUUAUCGUUCUGCUCCCACUGAUUGAUCAGUGGCAGCCAGUGGACAUGAGGACAAGAGCUUUCAAAGUGCCUCCUUGUAAGGUAAAGUCACGAGAUGGAGCAUUGGUGUCCCUUGGCGCAGAUAUCCAGUAUCGGGUGAGUGACCCUGUGCUGUCUGUCAUGUCUGUCCAGGACCUGGACCUUGUCAUUCGUAGCACAUCACAGAACCUAUUAAAACAGAGCCUUGGACGCAAGUACCUACGGGAGAUCCACAGCAAAAAAGCGAGCAUAGGGGAGCAGCUAAAGGAGGAUAUUAAUGAGCAGGUGAAGCCAUGGGGAGUAAAUGUUGAGAGAGUGCAUUUGGUCCUGGAAUCUGUUCUACAGGCCCCUGAGGACCAAUUGAUCGAAACACUAACCUCUCGUUCCAACACUGGUUUUGAGCAUUUACUAACACAGUUUGUCUCACUGGUGAAUCAAAGCUCUGGAAAAAGGAACCCACCCUCUCUAGCAGAUGCUUUUACAGAUAUCUCUUUACAACACUUAUUAUCUCAGCUGGAAGAACGUUUGUCUGAGUCAUUAGUCUCUAACGUUAAGGCCUCCUAUCAAAUGUAUAUCACCCUUCAAGAUGGUGAGAGGGUUGCGUAUUAUCUCAAUCUAACAUCAGGGUCUGGGUGCUGUGGUUGGGGAGUCCUUCCUUUUCCUUCAGACGUUACAAUUGAGACCACUGAAUUAGACCUUCUCUCUCUUUUUCGGGGUAACCUGCAUCCCAUCACUGCGUACAAAGAGGGGCGCAUGCGUGUGAUUGGGGACCUACAGACUGCGCUCCGACUAGAGAACGUUCUACGGGUGUUCCAGCAAUAAAAUUACUGACAAAGAA